AUGAGUACCGACAUUGCGGGCCUUGCGGCCCCAGUCCCGCAGCGUCCCGUCAGCAUGGCGAGCAGCAGCAGUGGCUCGUCCAACACCAACCCCUUUUUCGACGACAUGGCGUACCUUGAUCAAGUGGUCGAGGUCGAGACUACCAAGAAGCCGCGUAUCAAGUGGACUGCACGCCGCAAGGCAGAGUCAAUGACAAAAAGUGGGACAAAGCCCUCGUCCGCCGCCGUCAUAGCCAAAGUACGCCCUCAACGCAGCAUGGCCAACAUUGUACCCCGCGCCGCCAGCCCACCUCCCACCUUCAUCCCCUAUCGCCCUCCAUCGCCGACGCACGUCCCAUACCGACCUCCCCCACCGACCAACUCAUCCCAGCCUUCCUUCGCAUCAACUUUGAGACCCAUCUCCCCGUCGCGCUCACCUUCCCCUGCGCCCGGCCCCGCAGCCUCCUUCCCUUCAGCCCCUGUCUUUACUCUCAGCAGCGAUAGCGAGCCCGACAUGCCGUCGCUGUUCGACGAACUCGCAUCGCUCGACACGGCCAUCUCGUCUGCUGCGCCCAAGGCUAAGCUAAAAGCCAAGAAGAAGGAGCACAGGACCGCUGCUGGCCUCAACGCGGGCAUGUCCAAGCUCAAGCUCCUGAAGAGCUCGUCGUCACUGGGCCGCUCUUCGCGCUCGUCUGACGCGGCAUCCACUGCCCGGGCGUCAGUCUCGCUGUCCAACUCGUCGGGCUCGUCCUUCACAUUUACACGUUCGCGCUCGUCCUUGUCCUCUCGCUCCACUAACACUGUAACUUCCCUCGCCACUAUCACGACCAGCGCACACACGUCCGGCAGCGACCCGACCGCAAGUGCAAAGGCCCAAGCAUCCCCGCCACAACUGUCGCUCCCCACUGUCGAGUUGGCCCCACAACUCCCACCAAUGGCGAUUACUGGCACGAGCACCAGCUCCUCGACCCCUAUGUCUCACACUCCUUCUAACCCGAGCCCUCAAAGAGCCUCCACCCAGCCCCAACUUCCCGACCUCACACCACGCGCACCCAAUCUAACCCCCAGCCGGCCAGCACCCGCACCCCCGGUCCUCACAUCUCCGCGCCGCCAGCCUCUCCCACUGUCGAUCAGCUCCCAGCCGGUCUCCAUUCCCAUCACUUCUCCGUCCUCGUUCUCCUCUUACCCCACCUCGUCUCCCCCUCUGAUCAACCCCUACCUCCCAUCGUCUCCCCCUCCCUUCUCCUCCUACCGCCCAUCGCCAACUACCACGACUUUCGACCAGCGCGACAGCUCCCGCCGCUACUCGAACGGAUGGUACAGCACAUCCUCCCAGCGCCGCCCCUCGCUGAAUGGUAGGAAGGGCUCGUCUGUGGAGCGCCAGGGCUCUGUGUCGUCUCUCGCCCCUCCGGGCGACUACCGCCGCCCAAGCAGCAGAUCCAUGGCCGAAUCGCCUUGUCUCUCUAUCAUUGGCAACUUCCCCGUUCCGCCCGACAUACAGCUGGACGUCAACCAUCAGCUGGAUCCCGGUUCGACAGACCACCUCGUGGCGCAGCUCGCUGCGGUAGCUGAGCACGAGUCCCGUGAGCAGGCUCGCGAGCCGAGCGCGGUAUUCCUCGACGAAUACAUGGCGUUCGUGAGCACACCGAACUCGCCAAACCCCGGCGAACGCGAGCGUAACCAUGCGCAGAGACAAGCCCAUGAGGGUGUUGGCCAGGAACACUCGCUCACGAGCGAGGGCACCACGGCCAGCCCGACGCUGCUCACUCCUGAGGUUGAAACGUCGACAUUGUCUGUUCCCUGGGCGCGCCCACUCAGCAUCAAGCGCAGCACAAGCAGCAACAGCCUCAUGGUUGAGGCUGAGUCGGCACGUCCCGAGAGUGUCAUGCUCCCCAGGGACCUAGUGGAUUUCGAACACAUUCCCGCAACCGGCAAGCACAGCUUCGAGCCCUAUGAGGCGACAGACGUUGUCGACCCGCUCACUCCGGCCCCAGUUCCAGUUCCCCCUCCGCGCGCGAUGUCGCGUUCCAUCCCGGCUGGCGGGCAGGAGCCACCCGCGCGCCGCGAAACGUUCGGCCAGUUGCCUACGCUCCCGGGCAUGCCACUUGAGAAGAGUCCCGCGCGUGCGGCCCGGCUGGGCAGCUCGGCCAGCACCGUUUCAUCCACCUCCGAACUGUCGUCCGGCAGUGUCAACCUUACGCGACGGCACAGGCAGGACAGCGCUGCAAGCUCUUACUCGGCCAGCUCGAUGUACGCACCUGUUGCGAGCCGGGCGAUGCGGAAGGACAGCGGCGGAAGCGUGGUGUCUGCCAGUCUAAGUCCGACAGCGUCCGGGUUCCCAGGUGUUUCGGACACUCUCCCGCUCAACAUCCGGGUACGCGACGGGAGCGGGUCUCGAAAUGCCUCGAGCCACGGCCGCUUGCGCACCGCCGCUGGGGCGACAGCUCCGCUCAACGUCGCACGCUCGCGCACAGCGAGCAACUCUAGCUCGGAUGCGCGUGGGGGAUACGGUUACUCGACCAGCUACGAUUGUGGCAUGGCCUCUAACAUCGAGUCUCUGUCGCGUUUCAACAUGAGCGGACACGACGUUACACGCAUCCGAGCAAACAGUGGGGGCGCACGUCUCGCGUCGACUCGGCCCCGCCGGGGCUCGAGUGUCACCACACCAAGCAGCGUCUCCAGCGCCAGCAACAGUGUAGGUCCUACACCGCCAGGUUCGAUGCCCAGCAGCACGCCACAUACGCCAGGUAUGGCCAAUUCGUCACAAGUGUACGCACCGCCGCCGUCGUAUGGCAACUUUGCACCGUCCGGACGGUCACCAACAUUCGUGCAGGCGUAUUCUCCGUCCGGACGGUCACCAACAUUCGUGCAGGCGUAUUCUCAGUCGGCUCAUGGAUCUGGUUCUUACAACCAGGCGUCGUACGAGCCAACGAACGGGACCUCGUACAAUUCGUACAGCGCAUCCUACGGACCCUCGUCCUACACAUCUCCGCAGAACAGCAACGCCGGCGGGCAUUCGCACAUGCCGUCGUCGUCGUCCAUCUCAGUCCCAAGCAGCGGAUGGUACUCGUCCCACGGGCCCACGUCUCCACGCUCGCAGCCGCGCCGGCCCAACCUCCCGCGUGAGGCGCGCGACGCGUACACGUACAGCCCAGGGACUACGGCCGCAGCCACGACGUUGCCGACGUCGGCCCGUACCCGUGGCGAACCCUUCUAG